AUUGACAUGAUGUGGAGCAACAAGUCGAAUGAGGUGCCUCUACAAAACCCGAGGCAUAACCAAAACAAGGAUUCUACCAGAGAUCUAACUGCAGCAUGGGCUACUUUUUCUCAGACUAAGGCUGCUCUACGUCAUAUAGAGAACAAAUUGGAAAUAGCUCCCACCAGCACGGCCGUAUUCGAUUCUGUCAUGGAUGCCAAGAAGCCCUCUGCUAGUGCUAGCAGGAAAAUAAGUAGAAAGGCUUCCCGGUCCUCCAGUCAAAACAAAUCAAGCAAGGAGAAGUCCUCACGCAGCCCUCUUCGAGCGACCACUCUUGAAAGCAAUGUGAAAAAAAGCAAUUGUGUGGAAUUUCGUGAACCAUUGGCUUCAUACAGGGAUACAUAUAGUUCUCUGGCUUAUCACAGUUCUAGCCAACUUGAGACCAAGCAACUGCUCUCUAGUUUGGACCUCAGUGAAGCAGAAGGGAAGACUGAAAUAACAGGCCGUAUGAUACAUGACGGAGAUGAACAGGAUCUACACAGCAGAGAUUUUGAAAGCCCAUGUUCUUCUGCUGCAGAUGAGACCAUUGUUAGGUAUUUGAAUGACCGACCAGCAAUUGAUGCCUUGCAGAAUAAUGAGGCAUUUCUUAAAGUUGCAACACCUCCAAGAUUGGAAGAGGAAAAAACUAGUGGCUCCAGAGGAGAUGAGAGUAGCACUAAAACUUCUCAGAGUAACGCAUCCCAGGACAGUGAACUGAAAGUGUCUUCCCCUUCUGCCACAAGCACUUCUAGUGCUCAUAGGCUGGAAAUCUUGAAACGGCGGCAGCAUGAUGCUAAGUUGGAGAAACUGAAGGAGCGGAUUCGAAAGCAGUGGGAGCAUUCUGAAGAGCUAGGUGGCAGAGGACAGCACUCGGGAUAUGCUGAGCAACCUGUCGUGAUCACAAAUGCGGAGAAUGUGGUGACUCCCAAAGUCAGGAAAGUGGCAGCUGCACCUGCUGCUCCAUCAUACAGAGGUUUCAAUCCUGCUGAAACAAAGAUUCGCACUCCAGAUGGAAAGAUCUGGCAUGAGCAAGAAUUUCACAUUAGUCGGGAGCUGUAUAGAGAUAUAGCACUCCAGUUAACAGAGGAUUCAACAGUGAAAGGAAAACCUAGUGAGAGAAACAAAGAGAGAAAAGCAACCAGACCAGUGCGGAAAGUGCAAAAACUGACACGGUUGUCGAGUCCAGAGUCCAAACAAGGUGGAAACUAUGUAAUAAGUGCAUCCUCCUGGCGGGAGGGACAAAAACUAGUAAAAAAGAUACUGGGUCCAGCUCCCAGAAUAGAACAGGACAGAAGAGCUGUAUCUAGUGACAGAACAGGACGAGAGAGAGCUGCCAAGUCUGCAGGCUGUAUUGGAAGGACAGGUUCAGAUUCUAGACUGGAUGUUACCCAUAAAAACUCUUCAAGAAGUUCUGAAAGGUCAAGAAGUAAAGUACGGUCUGAGAAUAAUCUGAAGAAACUGGAAGCUGCACUUCCAAAUGAUAACCAAGAAGAUCAUGGCUCUGUAAAUAAGGACUUCCUGCCCGUGGAGAUACGUGGAAUUCUCGAUGACUUGCAGUUAGAUUCCAUGAGUACAAAGCAAGAGAAAGAUGUGGAAAAGCAGAAUCAGAAAUCUGUUUUGCCUACUCAAAAUGCCAGGAGCCACAGUCCAACCAAAAGGAAACCGGACAAGAUAGCUGCCAGUGAGGAGCCUCAGGUGAUCUCUAAGAAACGUCACUAUGAUACAGAUGAGGUUCGUCAGUACAUCAUCAGGCAGCAAGAGGAGAGGAAGAAGAAGCAGAAUGAAGAGAAGAAAGCACAAAAGGAGGCAACAGAACAGAAGAACAAAAGGCUCCAAGAGCUCUACAGAAAGCAGAAGGAGGCUUUUACUAAAGUGAAGAAUGUGCCUCCUCCUGAGCCUUCAGCAGCGAAACGGUUACAGGAAACCUAUUCUAAACUAUUGCUAGAACGUACAUUUUUAGAAGAGCCACCUCAGCUGCCUACGGUGCAGGAAACACAGCCCAGACCUGGUUAUCAACCGUCUGGGGAAUCCGACAAAGAAAACAAGGCUCAAGAGCGUCCUCCUAGUGCAUCUUCAAGUAGUGACAUGUCGCUUUCAGAACCGCAGCAGCCGCUACUGAGGAGUGAUUUGAUGGAGCCUCCAUGGGUACAGCCAGACAGGUUGAGCCCAAGAGUCCAGCUCUCUCACCCGCAAGCUCUCAUGGGCUCAAGUGGAGGCCCUUGUUCCCAACACUGGAGUCUGGAGCAGAUGGACCUUUUGUCAAAGGAGUGUGACGCGAUGUUGGCAGGCAGGAGGAGCCAUGCUGUACCCAUGGGAUCGCUGACCUUGAUGCCUCAGCCGUACCUGAAUUCACCUGCUGCACAGCAAAAUCUCGUGGUAAAACCUACUGCUAACCAAUAUAAGAGUAAAUUAGAUCGGAUUGAAGCUUUGAAAGCUACAGCUGCUUCCCUUUCUAGCAGGAUUGAAAGUGAAGCCAAAAAGUUGGCUGGGGCUGGUAUCAAUUAUGGUACCUUGUGGAACUCAGACCAUGAAUUUAUGCAAGAAAACCAGGAUGAUGGGCGGUGGGCAAAGGCUGUGAGUCCUCCUGUGAGAGAGGAAAAUGAAGAUGCUUUUUCAGCCAGAAUUCAAAAAAUGUUGGGUACCUGUGUGUCUCAUACAGCCUUUGAUGACAGCCUUCCUGGGGUAGGCAACCUUAGUGAAUUUAAAAAGCUCCCUGAGAUGAUCAGGCCUCAUACUGCUGCAGUCAGCCUUGGAAUGAGGUCCCUUGCUGCUAAGAGGCAUGAGGGGAUACUAGGACAUUUAUCUAAGAGACAGACUGACUCCCCGGGCCGUGAAAACCAGGCUUAUGCUCUGAACAAAGCUGUAAUUCCUCAUGAGUCCAGCAUCGACUCCAUCAGCGAAGGGCCUCUACUGAGUGACGGAAGCCUCUCUGAAGAGGAAGGAGGCCAGCACAAACAAUUGCCACUGAAGAUGCUGGAGACAUUAAAAGAGAAAGAUUUCUGCAUUCGGGAGAGAAAUGCUUUUGAGCCCAUAAAGGAGUUUCAGAAAGAAGCUGAGAAGUAUUUGCCACUUUUCACUCAGACAAGUGGUGCACACAGCAAGGGGCCAUGGGAAGAACUGGCGAAGGGAAGUCCCCACAGUGUCAUCAACAUCUUUGCGAAAAGUUAUCAGCUUCAUGGAAAAGCGUUUGAUGAAAGGUCGAAUGGAGGAUCUGCCCUUCUGCGCCCUUUACUCCCUGCCAUGAGCCCUCCAGAGAGCGUGGUUUCUUACGAAGAUGAUUUUGCCUCAUCGCAGGGAAGUGGCACUUUAACAGACAAAAAGAUUGCACGUGACCUCAGUGUUGCUGGCAGCAGUAAUUCAAGCAUUCAGGAAGAAGUUCCUAGUAGGAAGUCUCCCCAUGAACCUCGAUCUGUAGCACUUGCUUCUCAGCAUUCAUCUGGACCACGGUCUGCAGCAUCUUCUCGCUCAUCUGCUUCCUCUAAAAAGAGAGGGAAAAAGGAACGGUUGGACUCUUUCAAUGGAAGUUCUCACCACUUUCCCGUGGAAGAAGAUAAAAUGUUAUCUGAGUUAGAGUGGGGAUCCCAACAGGCAAAGAAGUCCUUAUCGAGUAGCAGAGUUUCUAAUAAAGAUCAUGAGCAGAACCCAGAUACAGACAGCACACUGGAGAACUUGUCUGGACACUCCCUGAUGAGUUUCUCAGACAAGGGAAGAUCCCAGAAGACAUCGACUUCUUCCCCAUCUCCUGGUUCCCAAAAAAUGUCACAGUUUGAUUCUAUAGGCAAUACAGCAGAAAGAGUCAAGUCACCUGCUGGCUUUUCUGGAAGUACAGCGUCAGGGCUGAAGCCUAAUGUAGCCUUCCCUGACUUGAGUCUGGGAACUAGUAGGUCUGUAGCAGGAGCAGCCUCAGCGAGCGGAUGUAUGCGAUUCUCCCCUGCUGGUCUUCAGCAUCGUUUAUCAGCAGAGUUGAACUACCUUAGUGCUAUUGAGGAGUCUGUGCGACAGCUUUCAGAUGUAGAACGAGUACGAGGCAUAUCACUUGCCCAGCAGGAGAGCGUUUCUUUGGCUCAGAUUCUAAAGGCACAGCAGCAGCGCCAUGAACGGGACUUAGCGCUUUUGAAAAUCAGGGCUGAACAAGAAGCUUUAGAAAGUCAGAGACAACUGGAUGAGGCAAGGCAGAAGGCAGCUCAGGUAAUGCUGCCCUUCAAAAAAUGUGGAGUGUGUAAGAGGCAAAAUGCUGUCCAUGCAGAGUCACUGCAGCAUCUGGUCCAGUCACGGCAGGAGGCUGUACAAGAGACCCCAUGCAAGGCUGCAGCCAAGCAGGCAGAAACUGCACUUCUCACUACAGAUGCAGCUCACCAGAUCCGUGAGAUGUCAGAGUUAGCACGAACCCAGAUCUCAGAUCCUGUGAGCGCUCCAGCUGCUCCAGUCACCACCUUGUUUGACCACCAGCGGCAGCAUCAUUCAGAGUUUAUGAAACAACUGAGAGCCCGAACUGAUACAAACAGGAUAUGUGAGUCUGGUGCCAUAUCACAAGGUAAAGAGGAGACAGGUGACUCAAAACCGACAUACUCACUGAUGUUUGAUAGUUAUUCAGAGUCCUCAAGGUCAAAGGUUCAUGAUCAGAGUAGUACCAGCAGCCGCCAAGAGAGUCCUUCAGUUCCAUCUUCUAAGGAGAAUGAGAAAAAGCUUUCCCGUCGUGAAAAGAUAACUAGCAGUAUUGAAGAGCAGGCUCAUACGGGUAUGGAUGAUUCCUUGCCGAGUGAUAGUAUCUUAUCGCUGCCAGACGAAAAAGAUUCUGCUUCUGUUGCAACAGAGUAUUCCCUGAAAUUUGAUGAGUCCAUGACAGAGGAUGAGAUUGAGGAAAAGUCUUUUCGGUCUUUGCUGCCCUCUGAGAGUCAUCGCAGAAAUAACUUGGAGAAGAAGCGGGGUAAUCGUGAUGAUUCUGAUGAGGAAGUCUCCCCAGAAAAAACAGCUCUGUCAUCUAUCAAGGAGCUAAGCAUGCCAUUCUCAGGGGGGCAAGAUAGUUUCUCUAAAUUUACCAUGGAGAUGGUAAGACAGUACAUGAAAGAGGAGGAAAUGCGAGCAGCUCAUCAGUCCUCACUGCUUCGGCUCCGGGAGAAGGCUCUGAAAGAGAAGACCAAGGCUGAAUUAGCUUGGCUGGAACACCAGAAGAAGCAUUUGCGAGACAAGGGGGAGGAUGAUAAAAUGCCUCCUAUUCGAAAGAGGCAGCGUGGUCUGCUGCUGAGAUUACAGCAGGAAAAGGCAGAAAUUAAGCGUCUUCAAGAGGCUAACAAGGCUGCUCGGAAGGAGAGACAACUGAUCCUUAAACAGCAGGCAGAAAUAGAACGAAUCCGUCAGACUACAAUGAAACUGCAGGAAAAACUGAAGUCUGCAGGAGAAAACAAGCUGGAACUUCACAGUGAGGAUGACAUCAAGCAGAGCAAUGGUUCUAGCCCACUUCCAACUGAUGCAGAAACACGCAGCCCUUCCCCAAUCUCAAUCUCCAGCAGUGAGACUAGUAGCAUUAUGCAGAAACUUAAAAAAAUGCGCAGCAGAAUGGAUGAAAAACACUGCUCUCCUGUUCACUACUUCUUCUCUGUCUUUACGUCUCACCACUGGGCCUCUCUCAGUGUCUGUUUUCCCAACCUCCACCCCAAAUUCCAGCUGUAUAUCUACAACCAAUUGGUCAGGUUCCUAACUAAGCGAGAACAGAAGCUGAUGCAGCGUCGACAACAUGCUGAAGAAUUGUUGGAGUGGAAACGCCGCCUGGAUGCAGAGGAAGCAGAAAUACGGCAGAUAGAAAAGCAGGCUCUAGCUGCCUGGGACAAAGAGCUGCUCAAAGCCAAAAUAGCCAAGAAAGAUCUGGGGGAUCAGAGGACUGAGCCCAAAGAAACAGCUAGUGAAGAAGAGUCUCCAGUGCCUUCUUGUUCUCAUCUGAACAGUGAAAGCUCUAUCCCAGAAGAUCUUGGCAGUCUAGCUGCUGAGUCUGUCCCAUCAGAGACUAUGGGCCAUGGACAGCCAGAAAGCCCAGAUCAGAAUACAACUAAUGAAGAAAUGGUUUAUUCUGAAGAGUUCAAGUCCUCUACCUCACCUGGCAAACUUUCUCCUCCCAAAAGCAGCAUAUCUGUAUCAAAGCAAGAUUCCAGCAAAGGCAGCCAUAGAACUGGAGGACAGCUACGUUCACCUGUGAAGUCUCAUCAGAUAUCUCACAACUGGUCUGAUGAAUCUUUAUCUUUGACACAGUCAGAAACCACAUCUGAUCAAAGUGACAUUGAAGGACGGAUCAGGGCCCUGAAGGAUGAACUACGGAAAAGGAAGUCUGUGGUUUACCAGCUGAAAAAGGAACAGAAAAAGAGACAAAAGGAGAGACUGAAGGCCCAGGAAGCCAGUUUGAUCAAACAACUGGAGUCAUAUGAUGAGUUUAUUAAGAAGACUGAAGCAGAGCUGAGCCAAGAUCUGGAGGCAUCACCCACAGCCAAACCUCAGAUUAAAACUCCAUCCUCAGCUGCUGCUGAAAAACCUAAGAUCAAGGCACCACCGCUUCAUAGGCCUGAGACAGCUAAAAACUGGAAAUCACUGGCUGAAUCAGAGCGAUCCAGAGCAUCUUUGGAAUCCAUUUCAGAACAUGCAGAUGCUGUGUCAUCAACAACUGAGAGAUCUGUGUCUGUGCACACCAAGAAGGUGGCUGUGACAGAUGUUCAUGCAGAAGAACCUUCUGGAACAUCUUCCUCGGUUUUAAUGUCACCAAGGAGUUCCAGAGCAGGAUCGGGUGAUUCCUUAGAUAAUGUACCCCCAUCAUCUCUUCUCAAAGACGUGAAAGAUGUUAGCAGGAUAUCCCAUGGGUCAAUGAACAAUGUGGUAAAUGCAUCCAAUGAUGAGGCUGCCUUCAGUCAUAAAUCUGAGAUACAGGAAGAUUUGGAAUACAUAAAGUCCAAGGAAUAUGAGAUUGAAGGUUCUCAUGUUAAGCCUUUGGAGAGUUCUGAUGUCUUGCUAACAUUAGAUAAAGAACAGGAGAGCUCACUGGACAUCCUUCCAAAGAAAGUCCUCUGUUCUGAAAACGAACUCUCUCAGAAGGAACUCUUUGGUUUGGCUGUGGAAAGUCUUUGUGAUACGGAAGAAAUCUUAGAACAGAGACUGGCAGAUAAAGAUGCUGUAACUGGCCCAAGUGUAGAAGAGUCUUCUUCCAAACUGAGCAAAUCAGCAGAGGAAAAAGGCUAUCUGCUUUCAGAAGAACGUUUUAGUCAAAAGGAGCCAUCAUACCUUGAAGACUUUGAAGGAUUCUCUUCCAGAAAACAAGCGUCAGUUGAAGAAACACUUCCUGGGGAAUGUUACAAAGAUGACUUUGAAGCAUCUCUUCUCUCUUCUAACGGGGAUGCUCAGUCUCCGACAGAGCGGUCACAGCACACACAAACCAGCAGAAGUAGAUCCACCAGCCUUGGCAGUGAUGGCGAAAUCAGUGAAUACCUCAGUGACAGGUCUCUCUCUCUCUCUGGCAGCAUGCAUUCAGAGAGGUUACUAGAACUUAAGUCCCCAACAGAACUUAUAAAAAAUACUGAACGCAGAGAUGUGGAGCAAGAACAGGCCCCUACCGAAUCACCGCUGUGGACCUCUGUUUCGAUCACAGAAGAAACAGAUAGUUUGCCAAAUUUCAACAUUGGUGAUAGAGUACUUGUGAGUAAAGUCCAACCUGGAACAUUGCGAUUCAAAGGUCUGACUAAGUUUGCCAAAGGGUUUUGGGCUGGCGUGGAGUUGGAUAAACCUGAAGGGAACAAUAAUGGAACUUACGAUGGUAUUAAAUAUUUUGAUUGCAAAGAAAAGCAUGGUAUUUUUGCUCCUCCUCCAAAAAUCUCUCACAUUACAGAAAGUAUUGAUAGCCAUUUAGACACAAAUAAGGAUGAAGACUCAUUCUUCGAUGAUAGACUGGAGAAGCAACACAAAGCAGAGCAGAAAGACAAAGGAAGUUCCAAACCUAGCAAGGAAGAUGAACCCCAGAGCAGAGAUGCAACAGAGAACUAUUCCCAGGAUAAAGCUCCUGCAGACACAGCUGUUUCAGAAGCCUCAGCUAGGGAAAGGGUUGAUGAAGAGGCUUCUAAGGCAAACAGCAUAAAGGAAAUUUCUGUAGCUACUGAAUCACUUGCCCAAGAACAGUCAGUGGUGGAUUAUCUGAAGCAUGCUGUAAAAGAGGAGGCCAGCCUUGCUCCUCUCAUUUCUGGUGUUGUGGAUGAGAUUUCCACUGUUCAGUUGGAUGACGUCUCAGAUUUUCUUUCUGAAAAACUGGAGAGGCAGAAGACGCUGGGGGAAGAAUGUGCUGAAAAUUUAGAUGAUCUCUCUCCUGGAGUUGUGGAGAAGCCUGCAACUCCACUUCUGGAUUUGCUAACAAAAGAAAAGAACCAGUUAGAAGCCCAGCUUAGACUACCACUUGGAGAGGAAGAAAAGUCGAAAGACCAACUGGAAAAGGUCAGUUUACUGACAGACAGUCUACUUAGAGAUUUUGUGAAAGACACCGUCAACCAGCUACAGGAAAUAAAGAAGGUCAGGAAUGAGAAAAUCCAGCUCAGCAACCAGGAGCUCUGUGAUGUGAAGGAGGAAUCCAGUACCCCAUCCCAGCAGGUAGAAAAGCAGGUUCCCGACGGACUGAAUAACUUUUUUCUAAGUUCCGAUUUGGAAGAUGAAAGAGAAGAACUUUCCUCUCCAGACAUGUGUCCCAGACCAGAGAGUCCAGUGUUUGGUGCCAGCGGUCAGGAAGAGCUUGCCAAGAGACUGGCAGAGCUGGAGCUCAAUCAGGAGCUCCUGAGUGUGCUGGGAGAUGAUCAAGACUGGUUUGAUGAGGACUAUGGCCUGAGUUCCCGUAAGGUCCAGCAGAAGCAAGCUGAGGAACCAGCAGUGCUGCCCAAGGUAGAACCGCAGAAAGUGCCAACAAAGCCGUGUGAGGAGCCUUUGGCGGUCCCUCAUACUGCAGUGGAGGUGGAAGGUAUGGUGCAUGCAGCAGCUGAGGAACUCUGGAAACAGAAAGAGCUGGGUCAUGAUCUUCAAAGUUUCGGCCUUCAUACAGAUCUUAGUAGUACCCUCAAAGAGCAGGACACAGACACGAUAGACAAGCAGGUUUAUAAAAAGGUGGUAUUUGAUUUAACAAAAGAGAUCUUUGGGGAAAUCUUUGCGGAGGAUCCUAAUCUAAAUCAGCCUAUUUGGAUGAAACCGUGUAGGAUCGCAUCUGCUUACUUUCGCCGAGUAAAAGAUCCAAAUGAUCUGGAUGAAAUCAAGAGCUUCAUUGCAGCUGAAGUACUGAAGUUGUUCAGCCUGAGGAAGGAGCCUAAUCACAAAACAGACUGGCAGAAGAUGAUGAAAUUUGGGCGGAAGAAACGAGACCGAGUGGAUCAUAUACUGGUGCAGGAACUUCACGAGGAAGAAGCACAGUGGGUGAACUAUGACGAGGAUGAACUGUGUGUAAAGAUGCAGUUGGCAGACGGGAUCUUCGAGGCCUUAAUCAGAGACACUGUUGAGGUACUGAACCAGAUAAAUGAGAAACAGCGGAGAUUGCUGCUUGUGUGACAGUGCUGAAAAUAAACUUACAGCUGUGUAACCACUGAGUCGCAGGCCUUUCUGACUCCUGACGUACUCUCCACCCUGCAAGUGCUGCUGCUGGACUUCCAUGCGUGGGUUUUAAAGGCAGUUCAGAUGUGAUUAAAGGAACCUGAAUUCGCAUCUACUGCCACUAGAGACCUCGCACCGGAUUUGUUGUUUGGAACAAGCUGAUCCCUCACUAGAGGCUGUAUUGUGGAGUGCUCAAGACUGUUCGUGUGCCAAUGCAGUUAUGCCACAUAACUGUCAGCAGCUGUCUGGGGCCCCAGCCUGGGGCUUUGACAUGUUCAGCUUGUGCUCUGAAAGGGUUGGGUUAAGUUGGGAUAUUGGCUGCUUUGCUGGAAUGGCUGUCAGCCAUCAGUACUCGACUUGUCUUUAGAAAUGUGAGUAAUUUGGAGAAGAAACGGUUUGGUCAGGUUUUAGUCAUAAAUGGAGACUUACUGUACUGAACAGUGUUAUAAUCUUAACACCUCUUCUCCUGCAGCCCUAACAAUGUGCAUCAGUUUCUUCUGCUCCAGAGCCCAUUUAAUUCCCUUCUCUGUGAAGUUGGUUUUCAUCUUUCUUCUGUGAUGUGGUACCAAGGAUGGUGCCAGCCAGUCCAGGGAAAUUAGAUGAUGUUGCUUUCUGCAUUCAAGUAAAGAAUUCUUGCUGCUUUUCCUAUGUAACUUGCUUCAGUCCCGAGGUGGAGCAAGAUAAAGGCCGCCUAAUGUCAAGUGCGAAAGAUGAGCCCGUGGACAACUUUCCUCCUACCGUGUAGCACUUCUUCUCUUCCUGGAGCACCAGCUGCUCCCAGAUAAUGGAUACUCAGGAUUUUCUCAGGCACGAGACAUGCAGGAGUGGAAAAUGUUUCCUCACAAAAAUUUGGCCUUCAAUUCCUCAGCUUCCUCCCUUACUGUCACCUAGUUAAUCGGAGAAGCCGUUACUUGAACAAUUUAGAGAACAGAGUGUAUUCACCAAAGAAAGCGGUGUCCAGUGCUUGACUGUCUGCAUGUUUUGUGCUUGUGGGUUUUUUAUUUAUUUUCAGGUAAUUUAUUAAGUGGGUUACAGGAGAGUGUCCUGUGCAGUUGGCUGCACUGUCUUAUGUUUUGAGACAGCCGAACUUGAGAAAGCAUCUGUUCUAGAAACUUCCAGAGCCCCAUAUUCGCACAAAACCUCCAGCUUCUUGAGACAUAUACGGGGGGGGAAGAACCACCAAACCUCAGUGACCGGGGUGGGAAGCAAAGGCAGGACUAGGAACGUGCCUUCACCACACCUGGUUCAGAAACAAUGGAGAGUUGAGGGGACUGAGCUGAAAAACGAUGUGAAACUUCCCUGCUCCAUCUGUUUCCUUCCUUUCCCAGAACUUCUAGGCCAUUGGCAGCUGUUAGUGGUUGAUUCAGUGCUGGGUUCAACUGCAGUGUCCUUCUGCUGAGUGCUCAUUUCUAACCUGUCCCUCCCGUUCUUGUGUUUCUCUUGGAGGAACACAGACAAUCUGGGGUCGAAUGUUGAUGCCUUAAUAGUGGAUGUCCCUGUUUGCUAACCUGGGACAAGACCCAGAGGAGAGUCACAUUCUCCAGACACACUGGAGUGCAGAAAGACACUUUGAAGCCCUCAGAGGUGCCCCCAAGAUGCUGCAGCCCACAAUAGGUGUGGCGGGGAGAUCUCUAUCAUUUUGUUCAUUUGCUUGGUUCUUGGGCUUCCUGCUAUGCAUACCUCUGCUACUGCUCCAUUUUGUUUUCUCUUUUCCACCUUUUUUUUUUUUGGAAAGCUAUCAUUGGAAUAUUUGCAUUUUGCACAAUGACACACAGCUGGUGAUUCUUC